UGACUGAAUAGAUACAGCCCAGAGGACAAAAGCUGGUGGCAAAACAAACAACACGGCUUGCAUGAAUCCUUCUUCAGUAGGGCAACGUUAAACAGGCUGCACGAAUGAAACGCUACAGUGUUCAAGAUCUUUGGAAGAACCUAACCGGGGGUCAGUCUCAGGAGGCCAGCGCUGGUGCCGGCCCGUCUGAACCCAACAACGGCGUUGAUGUCAGCACUGUGACCCAAACCACCAGACCAAACCCUGACGAUUUCGCCAUGAAUGUGGUUUCAGUGGUGCCGGCUCAGCCGCCCGGCCAUCCGGAGGGUCAGGUAUCUGACGGAGACAAAGCAGGCGCUGCGCUACUUUUCUCUGGCGUCUUCCUGAGUCUGGUAGGGAUGACUUUCACCGCCAUGGGUUGGAUCAACUACGAGAUCAGUAACAACUUCGAGUGGACGCAACUGCUUGGGCCCAUCCUGCUGUCUGUAGGGGGCACAUUCGUGAUCAUCAGCAUCUGCAAGUUUCGGAUGUUCUCCUGCCAAAACUGUAAGAUCCAAACGGAUGAAGGAAUGCCCGAGGUUGACCUGCCUCCACUAUCAGGACCCUCUUUUGUCUUCUCUGCAGUCAAUCAGCCAAUCACCUUCCACAGGGCCACUGUGGUGCAGUAUAUCCCACCCCCGUAUACCUCCUCGGCCAUGCCGAGCAGAGGCAUGGGCUCAAUGGCUGGACUUCAACCCAGCCAUCAGCCGCUGGCUGUUACAGUGAGCACACCACCACAUUAUUACAGCAUAUACCCAAUGGAAAACGCAGCUUUCUCUGGAGAUGAUGAAACGCAUGAGGCAAUGACAGAAAGGAUGGAAGCCAGGAUCCUGAGUCAGAGGGGAGAUGUGGAGGAAGAGAAAGCAGGAGCUUCAGAUAACAACGCUCCACCCAAAUAUGAGGAUCUUUAUCACAACACACCAUGCGACAGUUCUUCCAGAUAAAAAAAAUGAUAAUAAUAAAAAGACACUAAAGUUCGUACAAGUUUCAUCUGCAUCUGAAACUUAACAUGGAGCAAAGAAUGCUUUUAAUGUUGUGAUUCAUCUGCAACAUCUGCUGGCGGAUGUUACAUAGUUACCCCAGGUAAUUCUGAACAGUAAUAAUAAUAAUUAAAAAAAAUAUGCAGUUAUACAAUAAACAGCAUGUUGUCACUGGU